AUGUAUCUGCGCUGGCGCUUCAGACUCUUGAGUCUGGUUUGUUGGCAUUCGGCAAGCGCACAUCCAGAGGCCCUUGCACCAAGCACAACUGCCGGCGUGUCCGGGCAACGGUUUUCUGGAGAGGCCUUCCGCGAGUUGCCGCGUGAGGAGCUGCGCUUUGCAGGGAUUCGCCGGAGUGAUCUGAAGGCAUUGCGUGAUGAGAAGACGUGCGACCGAUGGAUAGUUGUCACAUCCAUUUUCCAGCCGUCUCCCGCGACCAGGAAGCUGGGCGAGUUGACGAAGCAAGGCUGGUGUUAUGUCGUCGUCGCAGAUAAGAAUGGCCCUAAAGACUAUGACGACGUGGAAGGUGUCAUCUACCUCACGGUUGAACGCCAGCGAGCCCUCCACUUCCACAUCAUGGAUCAUUUGCCAUGGCGACAUUUCGGGCGCAAGAACGUGGGUUUCUUGUAUGCCAUUGCGCACGGAGCCAAAAUCAUUUAUGACACCGAUGAUGAUAAUCGUCUGAAGGAGGCAAGGAUACCUAUCCUUGGCCUUGAUGAUCUUGGCCGUGAAGACGGUUUGGCGAUCAACGUGUCCCGGCCGGAUGUGGAGACUCUCGGGCAUGGCCUGACCUCUCAGCCCGGCUUGCUCAACCCGUAUCCCAGCUUCAGGCCCACCUGUGGUCACAUUUGGCCACGGGGCUUUCCGUUGGACUUCGUUCAAUCUCCGCAGACCUUCAACCGCUCGCUGCUGCCUGUGCAGUUGAGCCGGCCUCCCGCCAUCCAGCAGUUCCUUGCCGACGAAGAUCCGGACGUGGAUGCCAUCUUCCGGCUGACGCGUCCGCUGCCUUGCUCCUUCCGAGGGCCAGGAGAGGGUCGGCCACAAGUCGUCGCUGUGCCACCGCAGUUCUUCACGCCAUACAAUGCUCAGUGUACUGUGCAUCUUUACGAAGCUUUCUGGGGUCUGCUGCUCCCCGUGACCGUGCACGGCCGCGUUUCGGAUAUCUGGCGUGCCUACCUGACACAGAAGUUGCUGUGGGAUGUGGGCCAGGUUGUGACGUUCAUGCCGUCUCAUGUUGUACAUGACCGAGUCGCCCACGACUACCUGAAGGACUUCCAAAGUGAGGGUGACCUUCAGCUGAAGAGCACAGCUCUUGUUUCCUUCCUCGCGAGGUGGUCGAGCGAUGCUCCCACACUCGUGGAGCGAAUUGAGCAGCUCUGGGCCGCGCUCUACACGCGCGGCUUUGUGGAGCUGGGAGACGUCAGGCUGGCGCAGGCAUGGAUCCGGGAUCUGAUCUCCGUGGGCUACGACUUCCCCGAGCUCCAGCUGGGAAAGAUCAUGUGGGUACCUGCCGAUGGCAUGCCGUCAUCGGACGAGAAGCACGAACUGUAG